GGAAAACACGGAAGCUGAGCAUGCUGCGGCUGCUCCAUGGAUUAUACCCUAGCACGAACCUAACCCGGGUUAAAGUCGAGCUCUACCCGGGUUAAAGUCUUCUCCCGGGUCGGCUUGAGGUCGGUUCUGGUUCAGGAUCUUUUUCCAGAUAAACAGUCUGGUGUGUUUCCUGUUCGGCCGGUGUGAUGUCCGUCAUCAUCCACACGCGAGGCGAGGCGGGGGGGGGCGUCGCUGCUCACCUGCACUGCUCCCACUGCGGCCACUUCUCCAAGAGCCACGCCCAGCAGCUGUCCCACAUGGCGGCGGCCCACCCCAGCUGCCUGGACGAGGAGGUGGUGGGUCGACUGGGAACCAUCCUGAUGUACCAGAGCACCGCCCACCUGUUCCACUGCUCCGUCUGCUUCUUCACCUGCAAGGACUUCACCAAGCUCUACAAGCACAUCAUCUCCAAGCACUGCAUGGACCACAGGGAGGGGGGGGACCAAGGGGAGGAGGAGAAGAAGGUGGGAGAUGGAGAGGAGGAGGAGGAGGAGAAGAUGGGAGAGGAAGGUGAGGAGGAGGAGAAGAAGAUGGGAGAGGAAGGUGAGGAGGAGGAGAAGAAGGUGGGAGAUGGAGGUGAGGAGGAGGAGGAGGAGAAGAUGGGAGAGGAAGGUGAGGAGAAGGAGAAGAAGAUGGGAGAGGAAAGCGAGGAGGAGAAGGAGAAGAAGAUGGGAGAGGAAGGUGAGGAGGAGGAGGAGGAGGAGAAGAUGGGAGAGGAAGGUGAGGAGGAGGAGAAGAAGAUGGGAGAGGAAGGUGAGGAGGAGGAGAAGAUGGGAGAGGAAGGCAAAGAGGAGAAGAAGAAGGGAGAGCAAGGCGAAGAGGAGGCUCUGAGGAGAAGGAGGAGCAGUGAGGAGGAGGUGAAGGAUGAGGAUGCCCCCCCCCGGGAGAUGGACUCAGAGAAACCUGACGGCGAAGGAGAGGAAAACGUUGUGACGUACGACGGCAGCAUCUACCGCUGCCUCAUCUGCGGCUGCAGGAACAAGCUGAAAGUGGUGAGCGUGAACCACGUGAUGAAGAAACACGACAUCCCCAAAGCGUACGCCUCUCAGGCCAUCAGGAGAGACGUGGUCACGCUCAGGCAGACGCUGAGCAGCACGCCGGAGGAGGACGAGGCGGUGGGGAUGACCGGAGAGCUGCUGAACGAGGAGAUGAGGGCCAUGGCCAAGCUGGUGAACUUCACGUCCAACCGCUUCGUGUGCCUCGUCUGCGGCUGGAAGACCAAACUGAAAGGUUUCGUCCUCAGCCACGUGGCGCGCAGCCACGACGUGGAGCGUCCGUACGGCUGUCAGAUCUGCUCCUCCUCCUUCUUCCUGCCGAGUCGCCUGCAGCAGCACGUCAGGACGGCUCACCGGCCCGGACGCUACGCCUGCCCCUUCUGCUGCUUCAGGUCCCACUACCUGGGCGGCUUCCGGAGGCACUGCAGCCGCUGCAACGCCCGGGAGGGGGGGGAGCCGGGCAGGGCGGCAAGAGUGGGGGGGCACCAGGAGCACAAGGAGGGAGAGGAGGACAAGAAAAAGACCAGAGCAGGGAGGAAACGACGGAUGACGAGGAAGGUGAUGGAAGAACAGGAGGAGGAUGAAUGAAGGAGUGAAAUGAACAUUUUUAACUGAAGAACUGAGUGAGUAUGAGACGAACAGCAGGUGGCGCUGAUUCUCCUGUCAGGGGCUGUUUUACUGCUGCAGGAGGUCAAAGGUCAAAUCCCUGGAGCCUGGUCUUUAGGGGAUAGGCCUCACUAGUCCCGCCCCUUCUUCCUGUUGCCCAGUAACAUCAAAGCGGAAGUUGGACAUGAGAAGUUUUUAAUGUUUUGUUUUUAAACUUGUUGUGUUGAAGAGUCACUGAAGAUUCAGACGUGCAACGGAUCCUGAGAUAGGCUGGAGGGGUUACCUGUAAGAACCCUUCCUAUUGGCCGGUGAGUCUUCAAUUGAUCCACUGAACUGUGACGUCCUCAUUGGUCGACACGUGUUUCCCUCUCUACUGGAGCCAAUCUCCUGUUGAGUCACAUUUAGCUUUUAACAAUUACACACUAUUUACUCCUUGAAUAAGGAUUUUACACAACAUUUUAAAUGUUCAUAAAACCAUGAAACAACCUUUAGUUUUUAUUUGUUGUAAAGUUGUUUUUGUCGGUUAGUCACAGAACAGCUCGUUUCCUGAGAUGAGUCAUCGAUCAAAGAUCAAUUUAUUACUGAUAGACACUUCAGAUCAAAGCUGCAUCUUCCACCUGAAACCGUUUAAUCGAUCACAAACUGGACGACAAAACACACAAACCACACAACACGCUCUUAAUGUGUUGGUCUACGUUCUGUGUUUUCUGAAGAUUUGAAUAAAAACGACUUGAAGUGUGUUGACUUUGACUAAAGAUAAAAGUCUGUUUUUAAUAAUCUGUAUAUUUACUUUUAUAUUGUUAAAUGUCAGUUUUUAUUGCGAAGGGGAAUAAAGGCAGGAAACAG